AUGAAUUCGUUUGACGAAUACAUUGACAGGAUGUUUGCUACUUUUAAUGCUGAAAAGCGCACAAGACGAAAGACUACUGGGUUUUGGGAUGUUGAUUUCAUAGAUUCUGAUGGAAUAGUCAAGCAAACCAAAAUGAGUGUGAAGGGUGCUAUGGAGCGGUCUCUUAAUGAUAGUAAAAUCAUACUGAGGUUCAAUGAGAAACUACAAGCAGUCGGAGAUAGAGCUGGCCUGCUGAGUGGCAUUCUAGGAGCGUGGGUUCUGAUUACAGCAAAUUUUCUAUCUGUAAUAAAAGUUGGGCAAAGUUGGACAUUGUCGUUGCAGGAGAUGUUCCACUUUCAAGAAGAUAGCGGUGGUAGAAUCAAGAAAACAUUUUUGCAACAAAUAGGGAGGUCCUGGAAGGAUACAAGAGGGAGGCUAUAUGACUCGCAUUACAAACCAACAAGGACACUUGAGCAGAAUCUUGAUAACCGCCUGGCAAGAAUUCCUAGAGAGCAUUGGAGGUGGUUUAUUGAUUACCGUAAUAAUCCUGCAACAAAAGCGAAGUGCAAGAAAAACACGCUGAAUCGAAAGAAGCAGUUUUACACGUAUACUGACGAUUCUAAAAGUUUGGCUAAGGCAAGGAAAGAAGAGAAAAAAAUAUCUGAGAUUGAGUAG